GGGCUUGAGCAGGGUUAGUGGAAGUGGUGGAGUGACAGGGACGGUACGGCGAAACGGCGGAGGGAGGUAUCUGGGCAGCUGUGAGUUGAUGUACCAACUUACUGUCACUGUGCGAAAAGCUUUUGAGUUCUGAGAUAGUUGCUAUUUCGACGUCGUUUCGCAUAAGAUGGCAUCAGUUCCCGAGGAAAUGGAAAACGAAAAGGUGCGCUCGGUGUCCGUGGAUCUGAACAACGACUCCUCCCUCAUGAUCGACAUUCCCGACGCCCUGUGUGAGCGAGACAAGGUCAAGUUCACAGUGCACACCAAGACCACGCUGGGCACCUUCCAGAAGCCGGAGUCCUCAGUGCCCAGGCAGCACGAGGACUUCAUCUGGCUGCAUGACACCCUGGUGGAGACGGAGGAGUACGCCGGCCUUAUUAUCCCCCCAGCACCCCCGAAGCCCGACUUCGAGAGCCCCCGGGAGAAGAUGCACAAGCUGGGGGAAGGGGAGGCCUCCAUGACGAAGGAGGAGUACGCCAAGAUGAAGCAGGAGCUGGAGGCGGAGUACCUGGCAGUGUUUAAGAAGACAGUGCAAGUCCAUGAAGUGUUCCUGCAGAGACUCUCCUCUCAUCCCGUGUUCAGCAAAGAUCGCAACUUCCAGAUAUUCCUGGAAUACGAGCAGGAUCUCAGCGUCCGGAGAAAGAACGCCAAGGAGAUGUUUGGGGGUUUCCUGAAGAACAUGGUGAAGACUGCGGACGAAGUUAUCAUCUCUGGGAUAAGGGAGGUGGAUGACUUUUUCGACCAGGAAAAGACUUUCCUCCUCGACUAUUUCAGCAAGAUCAAAGACUCCACUGCCAAAGCUGAGAGAAUGACCCAGUCCCACAAAAAUGUGGCUGAUGAUUACAUCCUUAUCUCGACCAGCCUGAACAGCCUGUCUGCAGGUGAAAACACAGUGCUGAAGGGGCACCUGGUAAAACUAGCAGAGCUGUUUGAGAAGCUGAAGAAAGUGGAAGCGCGAGUGGCUUCGGACCAGGAGCUGAAGCUGACCGAGCUGCUGAGAUACUACAUGAGAGACAUACAGGCAGCCAAGGACCUGCUGUACCGGCGCGCGCGGGCGCUGGCCAACUACGAAAACUCCAACAAGGCCCUGGAUAAGGCCCGCCUGAAGAGCAAGGAUGUGAAGCAAGCGGAGGAACAGCAGCAGCUGUGCUGUCGGAAAUUCGAAAUGCUCUCUGAGUCAGCGAAGAAAGAACUAACAACCUUUAAGGCACGCAGAGUGGUGGCUUUUCGCAAGAAUCUCAUAGAAAUGGCCGAGUUAGAAAUCAAACAUGCCAAAAGCAACAUGUCUCUCCUACAAAACUGCAUUGAGCUGCUGAAGACCAACUGAGGGCGCAGGCUGGUGCAGUUUAGGGCUGAGCAGGAGCUUUGGGGGCCGUGGUCAGUCUCCACAGCACCUGCACAGCUGCCUCUGUGUUUACAUGACCAGCCUUCCCUGUCCUGAACCUCCCAGCCUCUUCUCCCUUUCUGUCUUGUCCAGCGGGCAGCUUCGUUUGUGUGUCUCCCAUGUGCUGGGGGGUUGUGAAGAAAUUCUGUGCCAGUUUUGCAAAAGGCUUCCAGGUGGCAGACCUGCUAAAUCAAGCUCAAUAGUAUUAAAGAAUUCAGAACGGAUGCAAAGGAAACAUUUCAUCUUUCAGCCAUCUGAAUGUCUUCAGGUCGUAUUUGUAAGCUAGAGGGCUGCUAACUGGAGGAGCUUGGUGAAACUGUCCUCUGUCUCUUAUUGUCCCCGCAGUCCUUUUCAAAACACGUGAAACAAAGCCAUGCUUACACCUUCCUCUCGCGCUGCUGUUUGACUGGUAACUGUGGGAAUCCAGUCGAUGUGUGUUUUCCCCCAGGGGCUCUGCCACGCGACCGCGGCCCCAGCAGCCUGUAAGGCAUCCUGCUGAGCACAGUCGCAACAGCAUGGCGACGUUGAGCUGCAGGGAAAAACAAUGUGCUGAUUUUUCAGGAGCCUACAAGAGUUUGGCACUUGGCGGCUCAGGAAUCCAGCCCUCCACUCCUCAGGAGGCUAGGAGCUGGGAGGACUGCAGUCUCUGGUGCGGUGACGGGGAAAGGGCAUCCUGGCAGCAUGAGAAAGUCCUGCCAGGAGUUAGAAAACCGCUCUUCAGUGUUGGCGUCCACAUAAAUUUUAAAAACCUCUGUUCUGCACGCAAACAGGGUCCUGUAGUCCACAGUUCCUCAGCCAGCUGGGAAACAGCGCCCCUCUGUGGCGUGGCCACACUCCUGCCAGCACCGUUGUUCUAAGAGCUGUAUCUGUCCGCCGUUAGAAGCGCGGCGUGGGGACCCCACGUUGGACCGUGACGGCGUCGUCAUCCGAGCUCAGGAGCAACAGUCGAUUCCGAAACUGGGGGGUCGAAAAGGGAAAGCAAUUGGCCGUCCCGUAUUGUUUUCGUACAGAACGGCGCGUGUUGUAACGCGAGGACCGCGAAGGAAUGUACCAUCCCACAUCACCCGCGAUGCAGACAGACGGGUUUGGAAGUCCUAUGUGCCUACACCCUCCUGUACUGUAACUGCUCUAAGGCGUUUUGAGACUUUCUCCCCUCGGUUCCGCCUCGGACAGGCGCAUGUGCCCUCACCCAGCUCCUCGUGUCCGGUCAUCUCUAUGCACAGCGUACGGGGCCGUGUCUGGGAUAGAUAUGCAUUAAUUUGUUUUGUAGUUUUACAAUUGCGUGGUGUUGAAUUCUUCAGAUAGUACCAAGCUUAUUUACCUGUGGAAGCGACACUUUGUAAGGGACCAAAAUGUUUAAUCUUGUCACACUAAUAAAAACGAAGCAAUAAUAAAAAAAAUGUAUUACAGAAACUGUCAUAGAAUGUCAGUAUCUCAUCGGAGGGCAAGUGAAAAUUAUGUUUUUUAUAACUGUUUCUAAUAGAGAAAAAACUUUCAGACUCUUUAGAUGUGAUUUCUCCCACAGAAUGGCUGGAGUUGUUCGUUUUAUGAAGAAACUUGUUAUACUGAAAACACUUAAAUAAAGGACUCUAGCCAUUCUGA